AUGAUUUACCAGCCUUCGGCAGGCCUACCAUUCAGCGAGCAGGAUGGCCUCUACUUCUCCCUGUUCCGCAGCCACACCGCGAACGAACUGUCAGGGUUCUUCGAUAAUGUCUUUUGGUCCCGGAUCGUCAUGCAGGAGUGUCACUCGGAACCUGCCAUUCGACACGCCGUGGUGGCCCUCGGCGCACUGUACAAAACCCUAGAAAAGGCCACUGAAUCUCCCCCUAGCUCACCAACCGACAGUGGUCUGCUCAUGGACAGCGCGCAUCGCCACUGGGAGGUCGCGCUCAAGCAGUACUCGAAGGCUCUCGAGGCCUCCAUCUCCGCCAGCAGGCAGGAUGUCGGUGCGCACAGGACAGUCUUGAUGGCCAGUGUGCUGUUGGCCUGCUUUGACUCGUUUGUUGGUGACCAUAAGAAAGCCAUCCUGCAAAUACAACAGGGCCUGAGAUUCCUGGAAAGCCUGCGCGCCGAACGGAGACGCUCCUUUGCUCCAAAACCCGAGGAGCCUGUCGAAGACGAGAUCAUCCAGAUGUUCACUCGUCUUGCUAUCCAGGCCAAGUCGUAUGACAUGGCCUUCCACUUCCCGCAGCCACACGUCAUCCGGUUACUACCUUCACCAACUGAUCCUUUAUCGCCGGCCGCUGAAGGGACAUCGCCUGUGUCGAUUCAUCAAGAGCCGAUCCCUCCGCAGUUCCCUUCCCUGCUAGAUGCGAGAAUCGCGUGGGACACGCUCCUGGAGCGCGUGUUCCGGUUCACCGAGCUCAUGUUCCAGUUUGUCAGUGCGGGAUCAGCCCCAAACAUCUUGCCGAAUUCCAUGACCCAGUACGGCCAACAAUUCCAGGCCGAUCUCCGGGCAUGGUCGGAUGCUUUUGAACCCCUUCUCUCGUCACGCUUCGCCCCUAGCGUCACUCGCCAGGAGAAGGCGGGCAUAGCGGUGCUGAAGAUGUUUCAUCUGAUGGGAGAGAUUCUAUUUGCCAUGACAUUCAGCGACAGCGAGAUGCAUUUCGACAAAUACCGACCCCAUUUUAAGACCAUUGUAGACCUCGCGCAGGAGGUUGUCGGAGACGAAGAGAGGAGCGCCAAGGAGAAGCGAUGUCCCAACCCGGGACGCUGCACACACCAGCGAAACCAUCCACCAGAUGUCUUUGGCGGCAACGACUACGCCGCACACCAUAUCAAGGCCAGCUUCAGCGCCGAUCUUGGCAUCGUCCCGCCGCUCUACGUGGUAGCGACCAAGUCGCGCGAUCGACAGAUUCGACGUCAAGCCAUCCAGCUCCUGAGGAGCAGCUCUCGGAGGGAGGGGAUGUGGGACAGCGAGCUCAUGGCCCGCAUUGGAAUGUGGGUGACGGAGAUCGAAGAAGAGGAGGAACUCUUGACGCCCAGGGAGAGUCCCGUCGCGUUCUCGCGGCCAUUCUCCGACGCCGGUUCGCCAAACGGCUCGCUCGACUUUGGAGAGCGGCCGCUCGGCCCAGGAGGCAAUGCAAAGUGGGAAGACCGCCGCGAGAGCAUCGUGUCGACGCUCAGCAACCGAUCCCAGCCGAAGCCCAUACCGGCCGAGAAGCGAGUUCUCGUCAAGUCUUGCGAGUUUGACCUCCGGGAACACAAGGCUGUUCUGCAGUGCGGCACUCGUGGGUUGGCAGCUGGAUCUCUCGACCUCAAGACACGACGGACGACAAUAUCGUGGUGA